GAAGCCCGCCGUCUACAAAAACUGCAGUACAUAGUAACAUUGUAGUCACUUACCUUUAUUCGCCUUUUUCUUGGUGAAGAGGUUAUAUUUUGAUAACGUUGUGCACACGUUCCCGCAAGGUCACCCCGGGACAAAGCCGUGCCGGUUUCAGAGGCUUUUCUGCUAUUUUAGAGUCAAAUAGGGCUCGGUGGCGUUUUGUUUGUAGCAGCAGCAACAUUAGCAAUGGCUAGUUAGCCACGUACAACAGGGAGGACAACGUUACCUUGUCAACUAGCGUCAACUGAAGCUGCUGUGCCAGCUCUCAGCUAAAACAUCGAGUGGCACAGUUUGUCCCUGAAACCUUUGGUGAGUGUUGUAUCGCCUCACGCUUAGCAACAGAAUUCUCCACCUAACUAAAUGAGAAAAUCUCUGUUAAUAUUGUUAUUAUCAUGUAAACCUAGAAAUCACUAUCUCUGUUGACCCACAGCUAUGUCGACUCAGGCUGAGUUUGGGGUGAGCAGAGGCAGCAGAGAUAAAGGUGACACUAUCUGUGUGGUGCCCGACCUCCUCUCUGAUGACUUGGAAAAUGACUUCGACCUGAAUAAAUCUUAUCCGUGUACUCAGAGACCACUGCACAAGAAAAGCAUUCAGGCUUUGAAACAUCGGUACUGUCCAGGUUCCUUGAGAGGUGAGUGUGUUGGUCGCAAAACCCAAAAUAAUAGCACACUAUAAUACAUAUAAGUACAUAGGUGAUGUUUUCAAGAAUUCUUUUGAAAGAUUUUUAUCUGCAAGUUCCAAUGCAGGAGAAUGUAGGGGAGAGUGGGGUAAGAUGACAUUUUUCAUAUUUCAGAUCACUACAUCAAGGCGAUCAUAGUUUUGUUAACUAGUUUAUCUGCAUAUAUUUCAAGAUGUUGUGCAUCCCUGCAAACCAACAGAAUGAGUGUAAACAUAACUGUCUUGGUAAUAUAGCAUGCCAAAAAAAAGUGAGCCGUAUCCCUACUACACUGGCUCAACUUACCCCUGAACUACUAUUAUGACUCUAUUAGUCCUCUAAGCUAAAAUGGUGGACUUUUAUGUUAGGUUUUUGACCUCAUGUUGUAGCUCAUAGAUACCACAAUUGAUGUAUAAAACAAAUUUAAAAUGAUCUUUUUUGGUCUGAACACAAUUCUAAUAAAACUUAUGACAGACUAAAUUCACUUUCAAGAAUGAAAAAUGUCUAACCCCUUCACUCAUGUGCUUCUAACCUUCACAGACUCCAUGAAUUGAUGCCCAUCUCCUAAAUAUUUGGUCACAUGAUCAAUUUCUUUCACCAUUUCCAAGCAACAGGGGGUGGCUCAACUUACCCCACUCUUCCCUAUUGUGCAAAAGACUGUCUCUGACUUUUGUUAAAGAUUGAAAAUUAUAAUUCUAGUGUUAAUCAGGGUAUUUAAAAACAUUACUGUCAUGGAUUUUCCCUACAGGUGAAUAUGUGAAUGUUUGCACAUCUGUGGCAGAGAAAAACCACCAAAUCUCCAGCUUGCAUCCUUGCACCCAAGUUUCUCCCAUCUCCCUACCACAUCCAUCCAGUGUGUCAGACAAAAGCAGCAUAAUCAGCCAGUUAAUCUCUGGGGAGUUUGACCUGCCUGGACCUCCAUCCAUCCUCAACCCGAAUAAAGUCAUCCUCACUGUUGAUCUUAAAACCAGACAGGUACUGUGUUUUAACUCAGUGAGAGCUUUCGCAGCUAUCAGUGCAGAGACCAAAGCACAUCCUGAAAAUGUGUUGUGUCUGUAUUUUUUCCCCCAAGAUUCUGUCUGUAAAUGAACAAGCCUGCAAACUAUUUGAGUGCACCACCAGUGAGCUGAUUGGAAAAGAGCUGUCCUGUGUCGUGAAGAAAACCAAUCAGGUCCUGGAAGAUGCUUUAGAAGAAGAUUUUCUGCUUGUGGAUGGAAGUGUUGCAGCGGUGUCUGGAAGAGUGGUAUGAAACACGCUCACUCAAAAACAUUGCAUUAAAUACCAAACAUUUCUUCCACUCAUUCAUAUACUAAAGAUCAAUGCAGUCUUGUUUCUGCAUAUGUGUAAUUAUGGGUUCUGAGUGUUUGAUGUAUAGCUUUUCCUGUAGGUGGAUGCUGUGACGUCAUCUGGAGAGGUCCCAGUAUCACUCUCUACCCACAGACAGUCAGAAAAAGAAGACAAGUGUUAUGCUGUGAUGGAUAUUGUGGAGAGAAUAUCAGCCUCCCUCUCUUUUUCACAAGAUGUUAGUACAUCAUUGGCGUUUCUUUUGGAAUACACGUUUUUAUCUUAUGUUUUUAACAGUUUAAUAUUAUUAUUGUCUAGUCUUCAUAUAGAUGCCCAUGGGUAACUUGAAUGUCGUUUCUAGGGCAGAAUCUUAACCUGUGACAUAACAUUUGCCCAACUCCAUGGGUACCACCAUCCCGAUGAGCUAAAAGGGAGGUUUGUCAAAGAGAUAAUCCCCUCUCUAAAAAUCCCCCUCCACAGUAAUGCAUUGCCCAAGGUAAGCAAACUUUACACACAGAACUGUCCCUCUCAGCUUUCUCUUUUAUACAUUUUGCUUACAAAUCCCUCUUUUACAAAUGUACUUCUUACACACUUCAGUAACACACACAAGAAAGCAUAUCCCAUACAUUUCAUUUCUGCCAGUCUGCCAGCUUUGAUUUUACUUCCACUGCUGUCUUUCAGAUGCUGAGGGUUCAGAGAGUGUGUGGCAAAGCUAAAGGAGGCUCAUCUGUCCCACUGUGCAUCAAACUUGAGGGGGCGGUGACAUGUGGGAAACCCCAACACCAAAACAACAGGACUGGUUGCACCUGUUCAACAGAGACCCUUGAGAGAUCAGAUACAGAGGAGAAGCCGCCCAGCUCACCUCUCACCCCCUCUGUGUGCAAGACAAGGAGCUCAAACCCUGAGCACAACAAGAGUAGUCAUGAAAGAGGACUAUCUGCUGGUGAGGAGGUUUUUUUAGUGAGGGGCUCAAUCCCUGGAGAAACUAUCAUAAAUACCUCUGUGUAAUUCAGCUGCUGACAGUCUUCAGUGUGAACCCUCAAACAUUUACAUAUUUUAUUUACAAUGAAAAUUACAGAAGCCAGGAGAGAUACUGUAUGACCCUGAUGAAAGAGUAAUCUAAUGUGGAGUUAAUUAAGCACUGAGGCUCAAAAGUAAAGGUACUGGAAUGUAAUGGACAUUGGUCCUCUGAAAAUUGUAAAUUUCUAAUUGGGCAGUUUACAAUUUUUUCAGAUAAACAAAUAAACAAUGUUUUUUUUUAGAUAGUAAGAAAAAAACAUCACUAAAAAGCUGAAAGUAAAGCUGUUUUUAAAUGAAAUAUCUACAGUUACAGUUGAAGCUGAAUUGUUGUUGCUCGUGACCCACAUGGGAAAGUAUUUGACAAUGUCAUCUAUUGAUAUUAUUGUAUGGUGAUGUAUUAUUAUUCCAAUAUGCAAAAGAAGGUCUGCAGUAAUUAAAAGUCUUGAGCAUGGUCUCCAACAUAAUGUUAUUGUUUGUUUACUGUAAUCUUGUGGAUGUAUCAUUUAUUGUGCAUCUUCCCCUUUGCUCUUGCAGAAGUCAAAGUGGAAAGUCUCGUUCUCUCCCCUGUUCCUGCUCUGGAGUACUCUGGAAACAUUUGGGUGUUUGCUCCUCUGAGCGGUCUCAUCCUCCUCCACCCAGAUGGUUCCAUCUGCAGCAUCCACGACCACCUGGCUCUCAGUCUGUUUGGCUACAAGAAGAACGAGCUGCUGAAGAAGGUUCGCCAUCACGACCAGCUUUACACGGUAUUCUGGACUGAGCGACAUGCCAACUCUCACGUGUGCCAAUGCUGUUUGUCAUCAACAGAGCAUCACUUUUCUGAUGCCUGGCUUCUACGAAUGGUUGUCAGACGCAGAGAGAAAGGCCAGCUCCUUCACGGAUUCUCUGGCAGAGGCUGGUAAAAGUGCAGCCUCAUCUAAAGUAUCAAGGAAAUAUGGUGAGAUCUCGUAUUUCUGAUGAGUACAAAAUAGCCAGUUGCUAGGAUUUGUCUAAAACUUGUAAAAACAUAGGGCAUAGAUGAGUUGUUGAGGGAGAGGCAAAGAUAUGAGAUGAAAUUAGGUGAAAGACAAAGGGGCAAUCCUUUGGUACAAGAGUCAAACAAAAUAUCUUAACCACUCUAGUCUCUAGAUAUUUAUAGAUUCAGUCUGAAACCUACUUAUCAAGGAUAAAAUAGUCACUGCUGCCCAUCUCUAAUAAACUUCCAAAUUCAAGCACAGGACAACAAGCUGUUUUGAAUCCCAGAAUUGAGAAAUCUCUCCAUGUAUUCAGGCAUUGAUGAAUUAAAAACACUUAAUUUAGCCAUAUGUUUAAUGUUUUUAUCUUUUGGCAAUCAUCUAAAAGAGGGUAAAAAAGACCUUAAAAACUCUGCUACAAGUAUUUGGCUUCUGUGUAGCGACAUGGUGACUCCUGUUUACAGAUGUAAUUUCCUAAAAGGACGCAUAGUUCCCUCCCCAGAUAGAAGUAGAACAAGAAAAAUGCAGGUGAUAAAAUGAAUGACAUUGUUCUCAGUUUGUCUUUUAUUCUUAGUAGUUAUUUAAAACAAACACACAGGAAUCAUGGAUUGAAAAAUGGUUGUGUGUCAUUAGGGUUGAUUCCUACUAUACCAAAUGGUGACACAUUUAUUUAUUUAUUUAUUUUGAGUCCUCUUUCUUUCUCUUGUUUUACUUUUUAGUUACGCCUUGUGUGAUUAAAGAAAAACAUUAUCCUUUCUUUCAAACUCUUAGACCCGUCCUCACUGGUGGCCGGUGACAUGGCCACGGUGAAUCACGCCGCCUUGGGAAGAACCCCGACAGGGAGAGGAAGGAUCUUCACGGGAACCAGCACAAAGCUGGACAAACAGGGAGCUUUAUCUACCCUCUCUCCUCCUGCUGUCACCUCCACACGUGUGGUAAUGUAGGUAGCAAUCCAUACUGUAUAUCCUCCAGAUCUUUAUUGGUGACACCUGAAUUCUUUGUAAAGACUUCAUUUUACCAAGGACAUUUGAUUGUCCUGGACAUGACUGUGUCAAAACCGCACCAAAAAUGCUGUUGCAGCAGUCCUUUUAACACCAAACACCUUUAAGUGGCUACAUGUAUAUUUAAUGGCUUGGCAAUAAACCUGAAAAUACAACUCUAGUACAGUCUAGCCUUAUACUCUUGCUGUUUAUUAAAUCCACUCUGCAGGGACUUAGUGUGUCUCAGUGUGUGCCAGGUUUUUGUUGGCAUUAGAUGUGGUUUAAAGUUCUUGCUUCUAACCUGGGAUUUUAAAAAGUUUGGACCUUUUUACUUCACUCUUAAAUAAUGGAGGCGAAUCAAGGAAACCUUGCUGUUCGAAGUAGGGGACAAGGAUUCUAGGUUUAUGGCAUACAAAUACUUGUCUUUUGUGCCAUCUGCUGGACAUAGUGUGUAACUGCAUAUUAACCCAACAUACAGUAUUUUUAUAUAUCUUUAUGUUGCAACUUGCAUUCCUAUCUGAAAACAUAUUUGGAUAUGCACUUUUUUUGGUAAUAUUAUAGUGGUAUAUAUCUUUCAUAUUAGAAUUUAAGAAAACUCUGAAGAGAAACUAAUUCUUUAUAGUUGAGUACAACUACAACUUUGAUGGUCUUGAGAUUGUAUUGCAGAUAGACAUGCAAGGUCGACUGCCUCUACAGUAGAAGCAUGCUUCACUCAAAGUGUCCAGGGAAAAAUGUGUCUGCUUUAAAGAUCAACUCUUAUUUUCCCAUAAUUAUCAAAGUUAUUCCUGCUUUUGAAAGCUUUAUUCAAUGAUUUUAAUUAUUUGUGUAAAAAAAAGCCCAUUGAUUGUGACACUCACCGUGAGUUUAUAAUUUCUUUGUGACAUACUUCAUGCCAUGAUUGUAAAUAGGUGUUUUCCUCUUGAUUCAUACCCUGUAGUUUUAGAUGACUUUCUGAAAUUAGUCAACAGCAGCUUUAAAGUGUCUUUGUAAUUUUGGCAUCUCUACUGUGCAUACUGAGGCUAAUUACAGGUGAUAUUUGUGAUUAUUAGUGUUACUAAACCACAAUUUUCCCUAUAAGUGGUAAGUAAGUAAGUAUUUGUAUCACCUGGUGAAUAAUCUGGUUGUUUUCUUUACAAAAAUGACCAAAGAAAGGCUUUCUGUGAAAUCCUGGUUUGUACAUCUCUUGACUUUUGUGCAUGAUAACUUUUGUGGACUUGAUUCAUCUUCUAUGUUGGAAUGGAAACACAAGAUGAAGAAAAUAAUUUAACAACUGUUAUCUGCAUGGUUUUUGCAAAGCCAGAACAAAAAGAGAGGAGAGAAGACACCUGGAUAAGUUGAAAAAAGAACAAAAACAUUUAAGAUUUGAUGUGGCAGGAUAGACGAAGCUGAUUGGUAAUGCUAUCAGUGGAGAACAACUGAACCAGAAACUGACCCUGCUGAUCCCAGAGUCCAAAUUCUUAUUGGAGAAACUAAAUUCACAACAAUAAAACUGUAACAUUUCAAAUACUGGGGAAAGUGGGCCUAUUGUACCAGAUGAAACUUGGCUGCCACGGCGUUAAUGGUAAAGUUAAGAGCCUGCAAUUGCGUGUAUCACUGGCUGUCACUUGUUAUGUGUGGGCAGAUAAAAAGCAUCUGUGCUUUUUUUUUUUUUUGGCUGUGUAUCGUAUGCUUCUUAAUACACAAUGUAGCUAUUCGUCAUCCAAAGCGUUUCAGAUGUUCAGUAACGAAAGUCAGACAGCGGUGGUUUGAGUCAGGCUGUUGGAUUUAACAGACAAAUGUCUCACUGUGGCUGCCGUCCAGGGUUUUGAUUAUCCUCUGGUCUGGAUGGGAGUUAUGCACUAUGUCACAAAUUGGCUCCUUUAAAAUGUUUGCAGUGGUUGUGUAUGUCUGUGGGCGUACAUGCACACCAGAGUGCACUUCAGUUUGGAGCCACAAAAAAUGUGAAAUCUGUUCACUCAUCUUCUGUUUAUGGGCACUCAUAGAGUGAAGGACAUGCAGAAACGUUCCAUAUUUCAUUUUAUAGAGUGAUGGUAUAAUAUGACAGUGAGUAUACACAGUGUUACUAGGACAAUUGAAAGUCCAUCUACUCCUUCCUCAGGGCUGAUGACACUGCAGAACUACUGGAUCAGGCUGCACAGGUGGCACCCUGCAGUAGCCAAAAGGACAGCACUGACACCACUCAGGCACUCCUCAAGACAUUCACCUGGGUGGAACCUCCUGAAGAAGAUACAUUUUCUGUGGUUUCCACCAAACUGACACACUGUACCCAAGAACAACAAACCCGAAGUGAAGUUUGUCAAGGCAAUGUGCCAGCCAUCCAUAUUAUACCAGGUAUGGGGACAUCUUUUUAACUUUGCCUGAUUUCUUUAGCAAAGACACUUAACACAACUCACCUACACUCAUCCAGCAGCUGUUUGUUUGUUUGUAGCGAGACCUUGGGCCAGUCCAUUACAGACUGCUGUGGGGUGACGCAGCUCAAGGAAGAACAUUUAUGAUCAUUUAUUUAUCAUUUCCUUUAAGUAAUAAUCACCAUUGUAAUCAUUUUGCACUGCAGACGCGGUCGUUCUUCUGCCUUAGCGUCUCGGUCUGAUUGCAUUUCCAUGAAGGAGUGAUCUUCCCUUUAAGAGAAGAGGCUUUAAGAAAGUAUUGAGCAUUUUUCCGUGUUUUUUUCUCUUGAAUUUUUCACAUUUUAGAUACACCCAGUAAUGGACAUGCUGUUAGAAGGGGGGGUGGUCUUUCUACAGAGGCUGGUAAAGGGAAAGUCUCUUGUGCAUCUGUCCUCCAAGACUCCAGCUUUGAGGUUAUCUCCCUGGAGAGCAGGUGAGAGCACAAGAUGCCUUCUUUGACUCACAAUCUCAUCAUCAUCACAUUAAUGCACGUACAUGUACUGCUGAUAUUUAAGCUGAUAUCUCAUUGUUGUUAAAACCAAGCAACAAUUUAAUAAUAUUGAUAGCAAUUGAGAAACAAGGUUGUUGGUAAUCAUUUUAUUGCAAUCAUUCAGACGUUUUGACUCUGCAAAGUUUAUCCUAUCCAGUCCUUCUUAGUCACCAGUUUUUCAAAACUCAAUUUCCAGGUCUUCCUCUGGUUUCUGUGAAAAGAUUGGUGGUUCUGAUCCAGGACAUAUUGGAGACUCAGCCAGCUGUUACCUGGACCUGAACAGCAAUGGGGAUCUAGUGACUCGAGGUCUAGCCGAUCUCAACCUGAGCAGUAGUAUAGAGCUGCUCAGUGGCGGAGGAUACAAUGAAGAUAAUCAACACUCAAUGACAUCCUGUGAUACGGAUGAACUCCUGCGUAUUCCCAUUCCAUGUGUGCCAGGAUCCCACCAAGAAACAGAACCUGUUGAAAGUGUGAAUGCUGCUGUCGAAGCUGCAGAAGGCUCGAGUGAAGCGCAGCAAGAAAAAGAUCAGGGCGAGCAGGUGCCCUGGGCUGCUCUCUCUACAAUUCACAAAAGUAAGAGUCAAGAGUUUUGCGGACAAAUGAAUGAAGAGAAUCAGUCCAUGACAGACAUUCCUGCCACUUCUACUCCCAAGAAACAGAAAGCAAGUGGACACAACCUGUCCUCAGAGGACAUGCAGAUAGUAGAGGGGAGUUUUGAAAGAAGUGCAUACCAUAGAGACGGCACCAGAAUAGGUUGGUACAACUUUUUGAUUUAAAUAUGAUCUACUCUUUGCAAAACAUGAAGAAAAAGACUUGAACUCUUGAUUUAUUUCCAGAUGUGCAGUGUGAUGUGUGUAGAGCUGACCUCCCUAAUGGAACAUCCAUGUUCUGUGUAUGGAUGAGUAGACUGGGACAGCAGGGGGCACUGUUGCAAACAAAUAAAUCACUGCACAACCUGUCAGAAGCCAGUCUCGGAGAGGUCAGUGGUAUUAAAAAUCAUUAGAACACAAUACUGUAUUUAUCAGCGAGGGGUUUAAAAAUGUGUAUCUGCUUUUCCUGUUUCUGUCUUUAGAGGAUAAGUGAGGCCAGUCAUGGGGAGGCCCUGCGCUCCACCGUGGACCUGGAGCAGUCUCGAGCCUGUGAUGGGCAGUUUGAAGAAGAGUACCAGCCCCUUAAAGCAAUGGGAAAAGGAGCCUUUGGUUUCGUUUGGAAGGCUUUGAGGCGCAGUGACGGACAAGAAGUAAGGAAAAAACACCAACGAAUGCAAAAGAAUGAAUCCAGUUUCCUUUCAAAAAUACAGUAUUUGUACAUAUAAAACAAAACGUGAAAUUUCCGUUGUUUUAGCGAUACGUCUCUGCUGUGUCUAAAUUUGCAGGUGGUGGUAAAGUUCAUAAACAAGGCCAGGAUUGUCAGUGACUGCUGGGUAGAUGACCCUAUGCUGGGACAAGUCAGCCAGGAGAUUGCCUUACUGACCCGAGUCCAGCACCACAACAUCGUAAAGGUGACUGCAGCGUCUAAUGAGAACCUUUUAGGGUACAAAAUCAUUGUCUAUCACGAGUACAGAAUACUUAAACUCACUCACCGUGUUUGUGUGUGCUUCUAGGUGCUGGAGGUGUUUGAGAACGGGAGUUACUUCCAGAUGGUGAUGGAGAAACACGGAGAGGGUUUGGAUCUUUUCGAGUUCAUAGACAUGCAGCCCAGGCUUGACGAGCCGCUGGCUAGUUACAUCUUCAGACAGGUAUGAACGACGCCAAGAAGAUAAAUAUGAUUUUAAUCCCUCUGUUUGGUCCAUGGAUAAUUGGAUUGUCUGUCUCUUCUCAGCUGGUGGCCGCUGUCUUCUACCUAAGGACCAAGAGCAUCCUUCACAGGGACAUUAAAGAUGAGAACAUCAUCAUCGAUAAAUGUUUCCACAUCCGCCUGAUAGACUUUGGCUCCGCUGCCAUGAUGGUUCCCGGAAAACUCUUCUACAAUUUCUGCGGCACACUCGAGUAUUGCUCCCCAGAGGUGCUUCAGGGAAAUCCGUAUGUACAUAAAAGCUCAUAAUGAAGAUGCAUUCAUUCUUUUCUGUUACGUAAUAUUCCUUCAUGAUUUUCUUUCGACAGCUGGUUUACACUGAAGAGGACUUAUUGUCCUUGCAGUCAUGUUGCUAAUUUAUUUUAAAACUUUACAGAUGAUAGCAGAAUCUAGGUCAAAACCCUGUUUUGCUUUAUGACCCAUUUCCAUUAUGAUGUGCUGUUUAAGUGUGUGUGUUUUAACAGUUUACAGGUCGUUAAGUUAGAACACCAUCUGUGAUCGCUUAGUUAACUGAUGGAUAAAAAUCUCCCUGUUGCUGUAUUAUAGUAAUUCAAUUACUAAAAUUUUUACCUUGUCUGUUUUAGCUACGAGGGUCCAGAGCUGGAGAUGUGGUCUCUUGGUGUGCUGCUCUAUACUCUGUUGUUUAGUGAGAACCCUUUCUGUGGUGUGGAGGAGAUCCUGGGGGCCAAACUCAAGCCUCCGUUCCCCCUUUCUCCAGGUAUGCUUCUGCAACAGUUUUUAUUGUUGGAAGUAGAGGUUAAAAAAAUCAAAACCCCCCCUCUGUUUUUAAAGCUUAGUGCAUCUUUGUACGUCACAGAACUGCACGAGUUAUUAUGUGAGCUGCUGCACCCUGAUGCUACUCAGAGAAUGACUCUAGACCAGCUCCUGCUGCAGACCUGGAUCAGCCAGCCCAUUUCCUUGGCGGAGUACAGCUGGUCUGAAGUAUUCCCAAUAUCUCAGAGCUACUGUGAGUACUGUUUAAUCGUGCAUUUAGACGUACAGUGAACAAAAUUGUUUGCACUUCAAAUUCGACUAGGCUCUACCGUGUUUUGUUCUUUUUUUCUAACAAAGAUUGUUAGUAUGGUCAGGUUUGUGACAGAAUAACAUGUCAUUCUUGGUGUAUAAGUUCACACAAAUAACCUGUUUUAGUCUGUACCUGUAUUUGUGAAAAUGAAGGUGAUGACCAGACUGAAAUCAACUUCUCAUCGUUUCACAGGCACACCACAGCACCAGGAGCCGGGUCCACAACUGCAUGUCACACACAGCUUGUUCCCUGAUCAGCAGGAUGAGACUCUACCUGAUGAUGAUGAGGAGGAAGAAGAUGAAGAUGACAGAUUGUCAAUGGUGGCUUUGGAGACAGAGCUUCAGAAGUACCUCCGUGAGGACUAAAGAUUUAAUUAAAUUGGAGUGAAGUCCAACAACCGUCUUGAAUGUAAAGCUGCAGAGAGGACACAGAAGGGAAAAACAGCUUGUCUAGGCAAACUCUUGUAGAGACAAAUUGAUCUUUGUCUUAAGGAUACAUAGUUUGUUGGUGAUUGUGAUUUUUUUGUUAGGAUUUGCUUGUUGACAGUGCAGGAUUUCUACAAAGCUAAGCAACAGCAUAAUGAUGUUGUAGAGGUUAUUUCUUUUAUUUAUCUGUAUUUUAUUUAUGAUUUAGGCUGUAUUAGAUUUAGAGUAUUUAGAUUCUGAAGUACUCAGAUCACUGUCAUUGUUGUUUUCUUUUAAAGUCUACAACCUGGAGUUGUUCACCUCAGAUAAAUGAAGGGAUUUAUUUUAUUGAUCCAGCUUUUAAGUAAAUGUUUUACGCUCAAUAUUUUAAUCUUUAAUAUUGUAAUCAAAACUGUAAGUAUAUUUACAAAAUUUAUGUAUUUUCAUACAUCAAUAAAUAUUUAAUCUGUCCUUUUGAUAUUCUAAAGAGUAAAGAAUGAGAAAUGC